AAGCAAUACCUCAACAAUUCAGGGGAAAUAAAUGUUAGAAGGAAGAAAGUUUUUUCCCUUGCAUAAAUUAUCUGGAUUAAUGAUGCACAUUCAAUAAAUUUUCUAGAUAAAUGUCCAGCAAAAUAUUUUCAGUGUCACAUAGUGUCAGUGAUUUUUAUUUGGAUUAAUAUGUGCACCUUUUCUAUACAAACCUUAGACUGUUAGACUAUUAUUUCCCUAUUCUUUAUUGCUUCCUUAAGGCAAAUACAUACUUUUAUUUUAAAUGUAAGAGAAAAUAUUUUUCUAGGGAUUGAAUUCUACCUCGAUCCAUAAUGAAUGAAAAUAGUAUUUCUGUAGCUUUCCCUUCUGGCUGAUUAGCAGGGGAAAAUGCUAGCAAGUAAAUUAAAUUACAGAACUGAGACCAUUUACAUUACUAACAAAGCCUUAGAGCUACUAGCGUACUUAAACUUAUUUUUAUCACAAAGCGUACAGUGAUUAAACAACAAAUAAAUGAAACCUGCAUUUGAUUUCAAAGCCUCACUGCAACAAACACUCAUAAAGGCAUAGAGACCCAGAAGAGGCCUUCGAUAGCAUCUGCUUCUGUGUGUUCACUUACAACCUAGGGAAGUGAGGCCCAAAGAGGAAUCCCCGUCAGAAGUGCCAGCCUGCCGCUGUUCUCUGAUGCCAUGCCAGCACCAACUCAACUGUUUUUCCCUCUGAUCCGUAACUGUGAACUGAGCAGAAUCUAUGGCACCGCGUGUUACUGCCACCACAAACACCUCUGCUGUUCGUCGCCUUACGUUCCUCAGAGUCGCCUGCGAUACGCACCCCACCCGGCCUAUGCCACCUUUUGCAGGCCGAAGGAGAGCUGGUGGCAGUACAACACCCAGGGAAGGAGAUACGCCUCCACGCCGCAGAGAUUUUACCUCACACCCCCACAGGUCAAUAGCAUCCUGAAAGCCAACGAAUACAGCUUCAAAGUGCCAGAAUUCGAUGGCAAAAAUGUCAGUUCCGUCCUUGGAUUUGACAGCAAUCAGCUGCCUGCAAAUGCACCCAUCGAGGACCGGAGAAGUGCAGCUACUUGCUUGCAGACCAGAGGGAUGCUCUUGGGGGUUUUUGACGGCCAUGCCGGCUGUGCUUGUUCCCAGGCAGUCAGUGAGAGACUCUUUUAUUACAUUGCCGUCUCCUUGUUGCCCCAUGAGACUUUGCUAGAGAUUGAAAAUGCAGUCGAGAGUGGCCGGGCACUGCUGCCCAUUCUCCAGUGGCACAAGCACCCCAAUGAUUACUUCAGUAAGGAGGCGUCCAAAUUGUAUUUCAACAGCUUAAGGACUUACUGGCAAGAACUUAUAGACCUCAACACCGGGGAGUCUACUGAUAUUGAUGUGAAGGAGGCUUUAAUUAAUGCUUUCAAGAGGCUCGACAAUGACAUCUCUUUGGAGGCUCAAGUCGGUGAUCCCAAUUCUUUUCUCAAUUACUUGGUGCUUCGAGUGGCAUUUUCUGGGGCCACUGCUUGUGUGGCCCAUGUAGAUGGCGUCGACCUUCACGUGGCCAAUACCGGCGAUAGCAGAGCCAUGCUGGGUGUGCAGGAAGAGGACGGCUCUUGGUCGGCAGUCACUCUCUCAAAUGACCACAAUGCUCAGAAUGAAAGAGAACUGGAACGGCUGAAAUUGGAGCACCCAAAGAAUGAGGCCAAGAGCGUGGUGAAACAGGAUCGGCUGCUUGGCUUGCUGAUGCCUUUUAGGGCUUUUGGAGACGUAAAGUUCAAAUGGAGCAUUGACCUUCAAAAGAGAGUGAUAGAAUCAGGCCCAGACCAGUUGAAUGACAAUGAAUAUACCAAGUUUAUCCCUCCUAAUUAUUAUACACCUCCUUAUCUCACUGCUGAGCCAGAGGUGACUUAUCACCGAUUAAGGCCACAGGAUAAGUUUCUGGUGUUGGCUACUGAUGGGUUGUGGGAGACGAUGCAUAGGCAGGAUGUGGUUAGGAUUGUGGGUGAGUACCUGACGGGCAUGCAUCACCAACAGCCAAUAGCUGUUGGCGGCUACAAGGUGACUCUAGGACAGAUGCAUGGCCUUUUAACAGAAAGGAGAGCCAAGAUGUCCUCGGUAUUCGAGGAUCAGAAUGCAGCAACCCAUCUCAUUCGUCACGCGGUGGGCAACAACGAGUUUGGAGCUGUAGACCACGAGCGCCUCUCCAAAAUGCUCAGUCUUCCUGAGGAGCUUGCUCGGAUGUACAGAGACGACAUAACAAUCAUCGUGGUUCAGUUCAAUUCUCAUGUUGUAGGGGCAUAUCAAAACCAGGAAUAGUGGGUGGGUCUUAGCCUGGCAAUUUUCAAAUGAAAUAGAUUUAAGGGGCAGAUAGAUUUGUGAAAGAUACUAAUAUAAUAAGGGUUUCCAGUAGGUCACUAAACAUUUACCCAUUGAUACUCUAGCUGGUCAAGUCCUCCAAAUUGACUUUGCGGCAGGGUGGCAGGAUCACGAGAGUCUCAUUCUGCCUAGCUCGGACCUCACGGCACCUGUGAUUGAGGCGAGUCCGUUCCUUGUUGCAAAUGUCUCAUGACAUUGGCUUCUUUUAUCGAUCUGAGAAAAUCAAGAUGACCUGGCAAGUAGGAUCUUGAAUAGGCCAAAAGCCAGGAUCUUGCUGGGCGUAUUCUCUUGGUAAAAGGGAAGAAACAUUCUCUUCACACCUGCAGACCCUUCUCGUCACUAAGAUUCCAAUGUACAUGAGAAUGUUUAUUUAUUGCAUGAUUUCCUAGAUAUACAAUCUAUGCAUUAUUCAUAUAAAUUUAUUUUAGCCUGAAGUGGUUUUCAAAUCCAGUACUUAAGCCAUAAAUGACUGAGAACCAAGCAGUCUGAAUUUGUAAGUGUUUGUGAUUAUUUGACUGGAAUGCUUCUUAAAUGGAAAAACAAACUACUCCCUUCACCACCCCUGGUUACCUAAUGUAAUUGAAACUUUUUCUGUUUUGCCACAUGCUUGAAGACAGUGUUUUUAGUUUGGUCCACUCUUAGAUUGAUGUUAAAUGAAAAAAAAAGAAUUAUUUUUUUAGUUUGUAUUGAUGAAAUGACUUCAUUUAGUUUGAAAUAAAAAGAUCCAGAAAAAAAAGAAGAGACUGUUCAAUUAUUGUCAUCUGUAGCCACCAAGCACAUCAUGCUUAUCUUGUAAUCCCCACAGGCUUAGCAUGCUGUGUGUGGUGGGUAGACUGUUCAGGAGAUCAUCCUUCCAGUUUAGUCGUGAUAAGAAUGUUCCCCACUUUUUGGAAUUAAGUUUAAAUAUCAAAUUGGGGAGUAAGAUUUAAUAUUACUUUUGGUUAUUGAGACCAGGGAGGGAGUUUUUGUUUUUCUCCAUGUAGACAUAGGUCAGUUAAAAUAUUUGGUUUAAAAAUCACUAAAUGCUUUAAACAUGUUGUAGCUUAUAAAUAGGAAUUUAAGAUAUAUACGUGAGAAAUUUUCAAAGGUAACUGUUGUGCAUGCCUGAUGCUUAAUAGAACACUUAGUAGCAUCAAGUGUUGUUUGCAGCAGUCCCUGUAAUUAUAUGCAGUCCCUUCUAAUGCUGUAUCAAAAUAAAUGAAAAUAAACAUUCAGAUUGGCUUUUGGGGAGCUUUUUAAUAUGCAUCAAUGGCAUUUGUUCCUGUAUUUAAUGGUGAUCUGUGUACAGCUGUGCAUAUAUUUUCAUCACUUAUUCUAGCAUCACUGGUAAAAGAAUGGCUAUGACUAUGUUUGAUAUUCACAUAGAUUUUAAUACAACUCAUGAUCAGCUUUCCCUCGUGUAAUUAGUUGAGGGGUGUUUAGGAGUCCUUCUGAUUUCUGUAGAAUAUGAACUGGUUGUUCAAGGACUCCCUCUGGAUUGUGGACACUAAAGCAAUGUAGAACUGACUAAAACUUGUUCCAGUUGAAAAACAGACUCAGGAAGAUUGUAGUUCAGAGCAUCGUAUAAUGUUUAUUUUCUGAGGGUUUUUUUUUCCCCCGUCUUUCCCCCUUAAUUCAGCUUGGAACUUUUCUUCCAGGCAGCAUCUUGGAAAAGGGAAGGCUCUACCAUAUAUUUAUUUCUAAAUGUUUUGACAGAGAUGUCAUCUUUUUAAUGAAAUAUAUGUAGACUGCUGUAGCAAUGAAAACCCAUUUUCAGGGGCACCUGGGUGGCUCAGUCGGUUAAGCGUCUGGCUUCAGCUCAGGUCACGAUCUCGCAGUUAAUGGGUUCGAGUCCUGCAUCGGGCCCUGUGCUGACAGUGUGGAGCCUGCUUUGGACUCUGUGCCUCCCUCUCUCUCUGCCCCCCCCCCCUCUCUCAAAAAUAAACAUUAAGAAAAAAAACACCAUUUUCAGGCUACUAUAUGAAUUUCUCUUGAACACCACUACUGAAGAGUUCCAUAUUAUAUACUUAAUAGUCUCGUCUCUAUUUAGUACAGUAUGUAUAAAUUUAGUUUCCAGUGGUCACAAUCAAGAUAGUGAUUCUUAUUUCUUGCACAAGAAACUUGGUCUGCAGUCUAAAAGUUGGUCUACUCUUUAGAAAUGAAAAUGCAGUGUGAAAUGAAAAUAACUGGAUGUUAGAUAUCCGAAUGUACUAUCAUCUAAAAGCAGUUGUAAUUUUAUUGUAAUUGGCUGUCACUGUGAUGUGAUAUUUAAAGUAAAAAAAAACACGUGAACUUUCAUAGUUUAGCCUUUCUUAAACUUUUUUUUUAUUAUGGAAACUUUCUAACACAUAUCAACCUCUGUAUUUAUAUUUAAUCAGUGGCUCAUUAUAUUUAUAAUAUGCCCUUAACUAAGUGGAAUGGUGGUAUGUUUCACAGUACUUGGUAAAAAAACCUGUGUCUUAUAAAAGAUGUAUCUGUAUGAAGACGUGUAAAGUUUAUAAUAUUGGUCAGAGAAAUGCCCACAGUGAAUUAAAGCUUCAUAUCUGC